AUGCACACUUCAAUCCUCUCUUUCAUCCUCGCCCUAAUCUUCGCCCUCUCCGUCAAUGCCCACUGGAAAGCACCUACCCACCACAACGGCUACCUGAACUACACCACCAUCCCCGGCCUCUUCCUUCAAGACUCCCCCACCACCAACGCCUCCACCUUCAACUUUACCGCCUCAAACUUCGGCCUCAUCCCCCGCCGCUACCCAAGCGACAGCACCUGGCCCAACCCUAGCCCCGGUGCAGGCAAGCCCACCCAAUGGCAGCGCCUAACCCACCACAUCACUUCCCUAAACACCCACUCCCCCCCAAACGUCCGCUACGCCCUCCUCUACCUCGGCCGCCACGGCGAGGGCUACCACAACGCCGCGGAAGCCUUCUACGGCACGCCCGCCUGGAACUGCUUCUGGGCAGAGCGCGACGGCAAUGGCAGCGUCGUGUGGGCGGACGCUGAGAUCACACCAACUGGCGCGCAGCAAGCGCUUGCCGUGAACGUGUUUUGGAAAAGCUUGAUUCCGGAGGGCGUGCCGCUGCCGCAGAGCUAUUACACGAGUCCGCUGCGGCGGUGUCUGGAGACAGCGAACCUGACGUUUGGGGGGUUAGAGUUGCCGCGCGGGCGGGAGUUCAAGCCGACGGUGAAGGAGGGGUUUCGGGAGGGGAUUAGCGCGCAUACUUGCGAUAGGAGGGGGACGAGGACGGCGAUUCGGGAGGCGUAUCCGGGGUAUGGGAUUGAGGCGGGGUUUACGGAGGUGGAUGAGCUGUGGGAGAAGGGGCAUGCGGAGACGAGUGGGGAUCAGGAUUUGAGGAGUAAGGAGGUGUUGGAUGAGGUGCUUGGGGGUGACGGGAGUACGUUUGUUAGUGUGACGAGUCAUUCGGGGGAGAUUGCGAGCUUAUUGAGAGUACUUGGACACCAGGAGUUUAGUCUCAGUACUGGAGCUGUGAUUCCCGUGUUGGUGAAGGUGACGACGCUGAAGUCUGCGCCGGCGACUUCUACUUAUGAAGCUUUCACGUCGGUGUCGACGUGUGCGAUGGCGCCGACUGUUACGGCUGCGAGCUGUAAUGACUGCUCUUGUUGCAAGUAA